CCAAAACAGGGAAAAAAAAAAACGAGGAGCCAAAAUGGAAAAUAUGAGGCCUGGAAUUGAUUAUGAAAAGCUCCAAAAAACGCAGGCAACUAGGAUGAUAAUUUCAUAUCACGAAGUCUUGCAGCUUCCUGCUUCUCCUUUUUCCUUUGACUUGUACUUCUCAUCUAUAGUUAAAACAGGAGAGCCACUGACAUGGGAUUUGUCUCAACCUCCUCCUUGCCUUUCUCAAUCACCAUAACUGCUACCACUACUAUGACCAUCAGAAAGCCACGUCUCCUCCACUACCACAACCGCCACAGCAGCCGCCUUCACUUCCUUUCAAAGUGUUCUCUUCUUCCUAGGAAAUGCAGUUUAAAUCUUAGGAGAUCAUGUAGAGGAAACGCUGCCUGCAGAGUUCCUUGCAGCCUAUUGAAAGUUGAAGAGGAUGUAGAUGAUGAAGCUUGCGAGUUAGUCAGUGGAUUGGAGCUUUCAAUAGUGGAAGGCGAUGAUAGCAUCAAUGCUUAUCUGUUGAACGCAGUGAAGAAUAAUAAUGGAACUGGGAUAUUGCUCGUCUGAUAUUUUUAGGUUUGAAGAUUCAUCUACAAGAGAUUUCCAUAUCGUGUUGCUUGUAAUGGCUCCAAGUAAGCUAGUUAACCUUGAAUUGAUGGGCAAUUUCAUAAUAAUGUUCAUUUUCCUGAUGUUUUUCCUCUGAUACACAGGCAUGAUAUUGGUUUGGUGUUCGUAAUUGCCGCACUUAUGUUCGUUUCAUUCAUUCUUCGAUCCAUUUUCCCCGCAAGUUGAAAUUGACUCUUUGAGCUUCCAUAACUUUAUUGUGUAAGGGGACAAUGGAUCACAAAACAGGAACCACAGAGGGUCAGAAAAGACAUUGAUGCAUCAACAAAAUGGAUGGUUGACGAAUUCUUAGCUGCAGGAAUAUCAAAGAAGCAUGGCAUAAUUCUAUGGUACAAGGAUGGACCCUGCUUUAGCCUCCACCAAAAAGGUUCCUAUGCUCUUUAUUUCAGGUGACAAUGACCCUCUUUGUACAGUCAGUGUCUUGGAAGAUAGUGAGAAGAAGAUCGGUGAGGGGUCGAAGGUGGUAAUUUUUUAGGGAAGAGGUCAUGGCUUUGCUCAUCAUCCGAACUCUCCUGAAGAAGAUACAGAUGCAGAGGCGGCUUUUACAAUUAUGAGAAAUUGGUUGCAUGAUGGUUUGGUCAUACAAAACUGAAAGCAAGUUCAUGAAUGUCCAUGUAUAUUCAUUAUACAGAACAAGUUUGCUACUGAUGAUGACAAGGGAAAAAUCUUCAGUUGUUCCA